AUGUCAAAAUCAGCGCGGAAAUUGAGCGUGGACUCGCUGAGGAGGCUGGAGACCCCACAGACCGGAACGGUGCACAAUGCAUACAGUAGCGUGCUGCCUAGAAACCGGGGUCUUGCUACGAUCCUAUUCAUGUCACUCUCCAUCGCCGCUGUCCCAUACGGAACCGGCAGUGCCCUGAUGAACGCGGUCUAUGGAGGGGGUCAAUUGUCCAUGUUUGUCGGGCUGCUCGUUGUCUGUAUUCUGGAUGGCUGUAUCGCCGUCUCCUUGGCCGAGCUCGCAUCACGGUACCCAUCGUCUUCGGGCGUAUAUCACUGGUCUUAUUGCCUGGCAAAGGGCCGCAAGAGCAUCCGCUUCCUCUCCUUCAUCACGGGUUGGAUAUGGCUGAUCGGACACUGGACUAUUACCUUGUCGGUCAACUUCGGCUUCGCAUCGCUGCUUGCAGCCACUGUCGCCAUCUACCACCCCAGCUUCGAGAUUGCCCCCUGGCAACUGGUCCUGGUCUUCUACGCCCUCUGUCUCGUGACAUUCCUCAUCUGCGCCACCGGCGACAGGCACCUUCCUCUUAUCGAUACCCUUGCAGCCGCAAGCACACUUUUGACCUGCAUCGUGGUCGCCAUCACGCUAUCAGCCACGGCGAAGACAGGCCGUCACUCAGCUUCCUACGGCCUGGGCCAUAGCGAAACCGGGCUUUCUGGAUGGGGCGACUUUAGCUUCUUCAUCGGCCUUCUCCCACCUGCCUUUACUUUAUCCGCGCUGGGAAUGGUCACUUCCAUGUCGGAAGAGUGCGUCGACGCAGAGGUGCAGAUGCCGAAGGCCAUGGUGCUCGUUCCGGUCAUUUCCGGCGCUGCUUCGUUGCUCUUUAUCCUGCCCAUUUGCUUUACUCUUCCGCCCCUAACAGAGCUCCUGAACGCCCCUUACGGACAGGCGCUGCCGUAUAUCUUCACUCUCGUCACUGGAUCCCGCGGUGGUGCUUUAGGUCUCAUGUCCCUCGUUUUACUCGUAACGCUCACAUGCUCAAUUAGUAUUACAACUGCAACCGCCCGGUGUACCUGGGCCAUGUCGCGCGACAAUGCCAUUCCAUAUUCCGGCCUGUGGUCGAAGACGAUUUGGGAGAGGCCGCUUCCAGCCUUGUGUCUCGUCACCGUGCUCGAAAUGCUCCUCGGACUGAUCUACCUUGGAAAUACUAGCGCGUUUACUGCGUUUGCUUCUGUCGGAGUCAUCGCCCUUGCUGUCGCAUACGCCGUGCCAAUUGCCAUCAGCAUCGCGAAUGGCCGUCGGGAAGUCCUGGCAGCCCGCUGGAACGCAGCAUGCCGACUGCACUGCCUGUAA